UGUGAGGCGGCGCGUCGAAACCAUCGCGGCUACAUGUUUAUUUUCGCUGCGCGCAGUGACUGGUUUUGCCCUCCUGUUGAUAAAAUAUUGCGCCAAAUCACGUCUAACAGAGUUCUCGCUCAGAUGACGAUCUCUUGACAUCUGUUGUCGCUUUAAAUCGUUGUAGAUAUCGCGUUAGUCCGGCUGAAGAGUGCUAAGCGCGCUAGCCGCUAACAAGAUUCACAUCAAAACCGUCAAACCUGGACAGAUUCGUUCACAGGAGACAUAACAGGGGACGUUUGGAUGGACCCUUCACUGGCGCCAGUGUAUUGCUGAAACGAGUUAUUAGCGGCACACGGGAGCCUCUCUGAGGCCGAUAACCAGCGCAGGAUGUCCAUCACAAACACACCCACCAGUAACGACGCCUGUCUGAGCAUCGUGCACAGUCUGAUGUGUCACAGACAGGGCGGCGAGAGCGAGACCUUCGCCAAACGGGCCAUUGAGAGUCUGGUGAAGAAACUGAAGGAGAAGAAAGACGAGCUGGAUUCGCUCAUCACCGCCAUCACCACCAACGGCGCUCAUCCCAGCAAAUGUGUGACCAUACAGAGAACGCUAGACGGCAGGCUGCAGGUGGCUGGUCGUAAAGGAUUCCCACAUGUCAUCUAUGCACGGUUAUGGCGAUGGCCGGACCUUCAUAAGAACGAGUUGAAACAAGUCAAGUACUGCCAGUUUGCCUUUGACCUGAAGUGUGACAGCGUGUGCGUGAACCCUUACCAUUACGAGAGAGUCGUGUCUCCAGGAAUAGACUUAUCCGGACUCACACUGUCAGGCUCUGGUCCGUCGGGUCUGAUGGUGAAGGAUGAAUAUGAUUAUGAAGGCCAGCAGUCUCUUCCCAGCACUGAGGGACACAUGCAGACGAUUCAACACCCUCCCUCUCGACCGAUGGCCCCGGAGCCCUUCAACACGCCCGUCAUGCUCCCGCCAGCAGAGGGCAGCGGCUCGGCCUCCACCUCCGCCUUCUCCAGCAUCGCGGUGGGAUCCGCAACUCAGCCCAAUAGCGUUCUCUCAGGAAGCCACAGCAGCGAUGGUCUGCUGCAGAUUGCCUCUGGGACGGGGCAGGGCUCACAGCAGAAUGGCUUCCCCCCCGGCCAGCCCUCCACGUACCAUCACAACACCAGCUCCAGCUGGACGAGGAACAGUAACUUCACCCCCACUGUGCCUCACCAUCAGAACGGCCAUCUACAGCAUCACCCGCCCAUGACACAUCCAGCGCACUACUGGCCCGUUCACAAUGAAAUCGCCUUUCAGCCACCGAUUUCCAGCCACCCUUCUCCAGAGUACUGGUGCUCCAUCGCUUACUUCGAGAUGGACGUUCAAGUGGGCGAGACGUUUAAAGUUCCCUCGUCCUGUCCGAUCGUGACCGUCGACGGGUACGUGGACCCCUCCGGAGGAGAUCGCUUCUGCCUCGGCCAGCUCAGCAACGUCCACCGAACGGAGGCCAUCGAGAGAGCGAGGUGUUUGAUCUGCGUCAGUGCCACAGACAGAUGCAGCAGCAGGCGGCGACAGCACAAGCAGCGGCUGUGCCAUGAAAUACGUAAAUGCCCCGGCCCCGGAUCCGUGGGAGGAAUCGCUCCUGCUAUCAGUUUGUCUGCGGCCGCUGGAAUCGGUGUGGACGACCUCCGCCGGCUCUGCAUCCUGCGCAUGAGUUUCGUCAAGGGCUGGGGUCCCGAUUACCCUCGACAGAGCAUCAAAGAGACGCCCUGCUGGAUCGAGAUCCACCUGCACCGCGCGCUGCAGCUGCUGGACGAGGUCCUGCACACCAUGCCCAUCGCAGACCCCACGCCGCUGGACUGAGAUCAGACACCGGACCUGACAAACCCAGUCCCGCCGAACUGUGCGAACGAUGCAGAGAGACCAACGGGGUUCAGAGGUCAACGUCACGGCUGCGUUUAUUUCAUUUGCUGCUUUUGUUUUUGCAUGUGUUGCUUUUGUUCUCCUAACAUUCGGACCUUGAAGUGCACAGGACCCAGUGUUGUAGUAACCAAACCGAUCAUCUAAAGCUUCACAAGUGUUUUGCAUGAAGAUGAUGUGCGUGUUUGCCAGCUCUGCAGAGGUGCAUGCUGGGAUUCAGUUGAGCUGUUUAAAUGAAUUUGUUCUUAGGGAUGCUGUUGCUUCACUAGCCACUAGAGUCCCCCAUCGUGUCAAUCAGACCGUCUAAUUUCACUUUUUUUCUACUUUGUUUUGGUCAUCAUCUCUUAAUGCAAACCAGAGUCUCUCGGGCCGAACGUUUAAAAGCUGUCAUGCGCAGUGGUCUGGAAGUACGACGGCUGACGUACCUGAAAAUCAUGGAACAUCAUUUCCUUUCUCUUGAGUUGCAGUGUUUGGGUUAAAGCGGUUUGGACUUCGAGGUCGUAUUAGCAGGUGUUGCAUGUACAGAAGAUGUGCGUUUUCUUUUGAGCUUCUCACUACUGUCACACUGACUUUUUUUUUUUGCAAGUUUCUCGCUGCAUGCUGUUAACCAUCAUAGCAAGAUUAACAGUUAGUCUAAACUCAUGCACAAGCAAUAACGACCGGUUUCUUCUGAAUGCUUUUUUUUUUGUUUCUUUUAGCCAUGUGUUUGUUCUUGCACUUUAUGCAUGUUUCUUUUUCUUUCCAUCGUUCAGUUUCUCUUCUUUGCAGCCUGUGAAUAAAAAUGCAGCUCUUUUAUAGAAAAACAAAUU